AUGGAUUGUUAUAGUUUAGUACGAUGGUUUUUUGGUUUGAUUUUAUUGAUUGUUUCAUUAAUUACAUUAGCACCACUUUUACUUCGAUUACAUGGUGAUUUUAUUUUAACUAAAAUGUUUUUUCAAACUUGGUCUCGUUAUUAUCCAUGGAUUGAUUUGACUAAGCUUGAUUCAUUUAGUUUAAAUGGAAUUAAUGUUUAUGAACAAACAGAAUCUAAUGUUAAAAUUGGGCUCUGGUAUGUUCUACCAUCAACAGUUGAAGUUAAUCAUAGGUUACCAACACUUGCUGAUCAUCUAAAAGCAUAUAUAAAAUCUACUGAUCAACCUAUUAUUAUGUAUUUACAUGGACAAGAUGGAACAAGAGCAACACAUUAUCGAGCAAAUCAUUAUCGAAUGAUGACUAAUUUUGGUAAUCAUAUAAUUGCACUUGAUUAUCGUGGUUACGGUGAUUCAACUGGUAUACCAAGUGUAUAUGGUGUUAUUCAUGACGUAUUACAUGUAUAUAAAGUAAUUCGACAAGUAUGUCCAGAUAAUCCAAUUACAAUAUGGGGACAUUCAAUGGGUACCGGUGUUGCAUCAUGGACAAUGUAUUACUUAUUUAAAAACCAGACUGAUUAUAAAAGACCAUCAGGUCUUGUACUUGAAGCACCAUUUUACAAUACAAUGCAAGCAUUUGUUUCAUAUCCAGUUACACGAAUAUUAAGAAUUAAUCCAUAUUUUAUGCAAGCAGCACUUGAUUCUUUUACAACAGUAGAACUCGAUUUUCCAAAUAAUGAAAUUAUUUCAUUACUUCCAUUACCAAUUGUUGUAAUACAUGCUGAAGAUGAUGUUAUUAUUCCAUAUUUUCAUUUAGAAUUAAUUCAAGAUUAUGUAAAAGAACAUCGUGAUCAUAAUUUACCUCCAAUACGUUUUAUUACAGUUCCACGUUCAGCACGUUGUGGUCAUAAUCAUAUUUAUUCAUAUCCAAAAUUUGAAGAAAUUGUCAGUGAUUUUGCAUUCCUUAAACAUGCACCUCCUGCAUAA